AUGUCAGAAUCAUCUGCAAAGUCUGUCUCGGAAAAACGAAGAACACCUAUUGAAGAUGGCGUGGAUGAUAUGCCCCGCAGAUGGCUGAUAAGUGAUGCCUUCUGUCUUUCAUCUGCACUAACAGUUUCGCCUCUUGUCCUUAGGGUUUUUGAGUUCAUGUUGGGAGUGUUACCAUGUUCUGAGCAUGAUUCAGUCAUCGUCGACGAGGGGGCUGUUCGGUAUCAGUCUAGCAUUAGAAAUAACAUCAAUCAAACGAAAUCUGAAAAGACAAUAAUGACCAAGCCGACGUUCCAUAGCCCAAUGAUACUGAUUGGGCUAGAGGGUAUUCGUAAACGACUUUUGUCUGAUCCAAUUUUAAUUUCGUCUAUUAGAUCCACAGAUAUUUUAUCAGGUAAAAGAGCCUAUUUAAGUUCGAUUUUUGAUGACAAAGGAAAACUUUAUAUCUGGGGCGGAGAUACUGGAAGUAAUGUGACAGAUCGAGCUAUGAACAUAUUUAACACUAGAUCCGAAUUAUUCCUUCUAUCCUCUGUACAGAAAUCAUUUUAUUUAUUGAUGCCAAACUUUGUUUUAUUGGCAGUGUUUCGCAAAUACUAUUGA